ACUGCAGUACUGGUGGAUGCUAGUUGUGUGGGUGCGCCGCCUUGAGGAUAAAGUAGGUCCUCUUCAGCCUCAUAAGAAAAUGUGAUUUUGGAGACAGAUCAACGAACAUUCUUGCGAACAAUGGGUCCCCCUGAAGAACGCCUCUCUCCUCGGAAGAAGUUGUCGGUUGGGCUGCUGACUCUCUUGGUCAUCCUAAACGGAUAUCCAUCUUCUGCUUUCGUCUUCAAGACAGGGGAGUGCCGUUCCAUAACCAAGACUGUGGAGAACUUCGACCUCGGCCAGUUUCUAGGCACGUGGUACGUCAUACAGUCCUCCAACACAGCGGCCAGAUGUCACACAAUUUCGAUCAAGGAUAAGGGCGGCAGCUUCGCUUUCACCGUGAACAAGCAACUCUAUUCUCUUCUGGCAGCCGGAAUCGUCCACAAUCUCCACUACGAGGCCCAGGUGUACCCCAAUCCACAGAGGCCAGCCAGCAUGGUCGUCAGAAUGCCCUCUUCCCUGUACAGCGACGUAUCUUACGAGGUGAUUGGGACUGACUACAAAAGCUGGGCUGUCAUGUGGGCCUGUAAAAACAGAUGUUUUGGACACCUGGAGUCGGGAAUGAUCCUGUCUCGCACCACCACCCUUCCUAUCGAGAGCCUUACCCUUAUCCGAGAGGAUCUGUUGAGUUUGGGCGUGAGCAAACUAUCGACAGUGCAACAGAAAGACUGCAAUCCGAAACUGGGAGGCGGCUUCUUUACCCUCGAAUUAGCUUCCGGACUCACGAACGUCCCUGUCAACUGGGAGACCCUCAUCCCACAAUCACAGGUUCCUUCGGCGAUAACGGGCGGCUGUUUCGUUCAGGAGGGGCAAUACUUCUAUUUCCGCGAGGUCUGUCCGUCGGCCAGCACUGGCUCGAACUCAGGGAGCGCAAAUAGUACUGGCGAGUACUAUUACUACUAUUACGACGACCCAGCGGCCCUCGUGGAUGGUGCUGCUACUGAUAGUAGUAGUAAUAAUGGACAAACUACUACUGGCGGAGCGGGGUCGGGGGAGUACUACUAUUACUAUGAAGAUAGCGGAAGUGGUACUAGUUUGUAUACUCAAAACUUAGAUGGAAGCGGCGAUGAAUACUACGACUAUACAUCCUCUGGAAGUGGCGACGAUUCUGAGUACUAUAACUACUACUACGACGACGAAUAUUCUGGUGACGAAUAUUACACAGAUGAUUACUAUAGCGAUUAUUAUUACGACGAUGAGUACGCGACGGAGGCGCUGCAGAUGAGGCCAGUCGAAAGAGACUACGAAGACCUCGGUGAGGACGAGGCUUUGCUCGAUUACGCUGAGGGGGAAAACGACAGACAAUCACAGAUCUUACCAGAGGUGACAGCGGGGAACUGGACGCAUCUCUGGAACACCUUCUCUCGAGGCCUGGAUGAGACUGAUUGGAAGGUCAAGGGAGAUACUAUCGUGACUGGAAUGAUGGCAGCCAACGAUAUUCCAGGAGUGAAUGGUGUCAGUGAAACAGAGAACGCAAUCAAAGGGGUGACCUCUUUUGAAAUUAAUGAGCGUCCGUUGCCACUGAGAAUGAAGAGAGGUGUCAACUCGAAGGAGAUGAAGGAAGAUCCGCUUGGGUGUUAUGACGAUGAGCAACGGGAAGGGAGAGGCUGGCUUAUCUCCUCUCGCUGA